AUGUUGGCAGUCCGCCUCCACGCUCCUCGUCUUACAAGUCGCGGCCUAGCAACCAUUGCUUCCGCAACAAAGCCUCCACCAUCCCCAUCUCCUGGCCUUCACUGGCCGGCAGUCGUCCGUCCUAGCGUCAAUGAGGUGAAGCACGGCAGGCUCGACGAGCGCAACCUCGAAAAGGCCGUGCGACACAUCCACCAGGAUGGUCUCGUGGUGAUUGAGGAUGUCGUGCCACAUACAGACGCUGACCUCCUCAACGCCAAAAUGGUGCAAGACGCCCGCGUGCUCCAGCGCAUGGGCGAAAAAGGGCCGUUCAACUACAACCAGGGCAAUCUGCAGCAAGACCCGCCCCCCGUGGCCGAGUUCUUCUUCCCAUCAAUCUUCACGAACACCAUUGCUACCCAAGUCACGUCCGCGGUUCUCGGCCCACGGCCCAAAUGGACAUUCUGCUCGGCCAACUCGGCCAUGCCUCCCCUCCCCGGCGCCUCUCCCCAGCGACAGCCAGUACACUCCGAUGCCGAUUUCGCCCACCCGACGCAUCCCUUUGCUCUCGUCGUCAACGUACCUUUGGUUACGAUGACGCCCGAGAACGGCUCGACCGAGCUUUGGCUGGGAACACACAACACCGACAUCUCUUACCAAGAAGGCGCUCACGGCGAACGAGCCAGCGGCCGCAUCAAGGAGAAACACCUCCGCGACCGCAAAGCCGUCCGCCCUCCUAUUCAACCCACCGUCAAGAAGGGAUCCGUCGUGCUGCGCGACCUGAGGCUCUGGCACGCCGGGAUGCCGAAUCCUUCGGACCAGGUCCGGAUCAUGCUCGCCAUGAUUCACUUUGCGCCUUGGUAUCGCAAUCCCAUGAGGCUGCAGCUUGGCGAGGACUUGAAGCCGGUCUUGGAGGAGCUUGACCGACAGGGGCAGCUGGGGCUGGACAUCCCAGUGGAUUGGGUCAGCUCGGAGGAAGCUAUCAAAACAUAUCUGAACCGUGGCUUUGGGAAUAGUUAUGACUUUGAUCAGGCGCCAUGA